AUGUGGGCGGAAUAUUGCCGGGUUGCCCAGGCCGAGGCAGCCUACGAAAUUUUGGGAAAUCCCUCUAAACGUCAUGCGUACGAUAGCGUUGAUCCCGUAGUGGUGAACGAUUCUGUACCGAGUGCUGCGAGCAUCAGAGAAGACUUUUUUGGCGCUUUGCGACCAUUCUUUACUCACAAAGCACGAUGGUCCAAAACGCAGCCAGUCCCAGGUUUGGGUUAUCUUGGAACUAGACUGGAUGAUGUGCACACAUUCUAUGAUUUUUGUCGUGAAACCAGACGAGCUAUCGAACGUCAAAAUCGGGCUGAACGGGCCCGAAGACGUGGUGAAGAAUUGCGCACUAUUCGUCAAAUUGUGGAAUUGGCCAAGGCGAACGAUCCCCGUUUGUUGGCUGCGGCUAAGGCUGCUAAGGACGCCAAAGCUGCCAAACGCCAAGCCCGUCUGGAUGCUGCGCGCAAACGACGCGAGGAGGAGGAAGAGCGUGUACGUCUCGAAACCGAAGCACAGGCAGCCGUUCGUGCAGCAAGCGAGGAGCGUAAACGGGUGGAGGCGGAACGGCUACGCAAAGAACGGGAACAACUGAAACAGGAGGCUAAACGGGAACGAAAGCGGUUGCGCGCAAUUGUAGUUGAAAAAUACGAUCACUUUAUCCAAAUGGAAGAUUCCGAAUCCGCAGCAGCCGGUGCGGAGCGCGUUCGCGUUUUGUCCGAUUUGGAUCUGCUUUAUCAGCGAUUAACCAAUGUGCAGCUUCAAGAACUGAAUGACAAUAUGGAAAAGGCAGAUGCGCUGAUUGGUGCACAGACUCUUUUCAACUCCAAGCUGGCAGAGGUACGACAGGAACUCCAAGCACCGGGACUUCAGAGCAGUUUGAAGUCAAACCAGGCUGCCGCGGUCAGCAACGAAAGCACCACCACUAGUGCCCGGUUUAGUUCCGAAGUUAUUCAAAUUCUGAUCAAGGCUGUGAAUCUUUUACCAGCGGGCACACCUAAACGGUGGGAAGCUAUUGCUGCCUAUGUGAACCAACAUGCGCCGGGCACGUCAAUUACGGCAAAGGAAGCUCUUAAGCAAGCUAAAGCACUGAGCCAGGAAGACGCGACAUUACGUAAAGAGGCGAAUGCCAAGGCGUUUGCCUCGUUCGCGAGUACCGUGAAGGAGACAGAUGCGGUGAAGAAUGUCACCAUAACAAACGAAAUAGAAGCUGAAGCUAGCCGACCCUGGACCGUCACAGAGCAGCGUGCCUUGGAGCAAGCACUCCGCAGCUGUCCGGCCCAAUCGUCAGAUAAUCAAGAAGGUGAUCGAUGGCAGAGAAUCGCGGAUAUUGUGGGCACUCGAACCCGUCGCGAGUGCAUGCUCCGAUGCAAAGAAUUGGCGGAACAGGUCCGUGCGAAAAAAGCAGCAAUGGCAGCAGCCACUAAAAGUGGGAGCGCGCCCAACGGGACUCCCGCGUCCAAACCAUCGGUCAAACCUACGAAGGGGUCUGGUUCGCACUACGGACCUGGAGGACCACGGACUACGUUGAGCAGCUCUAAGAAAUCGGAAUUCGAAGGAUUUUGA